CCUUAGUAACUAACGCAAUCUCAGCUCCUGGUCUGGCCCUUCUGGAUUCUGGUCUCCUGGAAGGCACAGCUGGGCACAAUGAACUCAUCUGGAAGAAAAGAAAAAUCCUCCUUUGUCACGGCUGCUGGGAGGCAGGAGGCUUCACAUGAGAUCAGAGAGAAUCAGAGCUAGAGACUGGAAUCCCAGGUCGUCCUGUUGCCCAGUUGCUGCCGCCAUCAUGAUGGGAAAACUGCCCCUAGGUGUUGUUUCUCCUUAUGUGAAGAUGAGUUCGGGGGGCUGUGCAGACCCCCUGAAAUUCUACGCCACCAGUUACUGCACAGCCUACAGCCGGGAAGGGUUCAAGCCCCAAAUUGGUCAGCACAAGGGCACUGGAUACCAGGUGAAUUACCGACCCAUGAUCAACUACCAGCCCAGCUUGGACGCCCUGGAUAAUCCUGCUGCAGGAGAACAAGUUAAGGACACUGAUCAGUCAGUCUUUGCCCAGAGCUACCGCCCAAUGGAGCUGUCAGAUGGCAGGCACCCACUGCCCUGGAGUGUGUACCAGCCUGGCUCUGGCUACGCUCGUGAAAAAGCCUACUCCUGCCCCCCAUCCAAAGAGGUCAAGAGAGUCCAUUUCAACACCCAGGAUCAUGGUCCACAGGUCGUCUCAGGAUUGGAACCCAAGACUGUGCCAGUCCUCCACCAGUCAGUGGGCAAGGGAAGUACUGAUAUGGAGAAUUACAGAUAUGGUCCCCGAUUUAUGACCUCUGAGUAUGCCUCCAAGUACCGCUAUGAAGUUCCAGCCCCACCAGAUUUCCUCCAGAAGAAGACAAUUGGUGCCAAGGAAGAGUCGGGCUUUACUGAACAGACCACCAAGAGUCCCCUGACCUUUCAGCCCAUCCCUGGAGAGCCGUUGCCUCCUCCCAGUAGAAGUACUACCAGGUCCGAUUUCAGCCCCAUGACCACCCCACAUGGAGAUGAGUAUUUACCCGUGUUGGCCAAAUGUUCUGAGAGAGAGACAGGCUUCAGCCGGCUGAAGGAGAAGGUCCUUCCCCCGACCACUGGCCCUCCAAGUAUUCCUGAGCCUGGAAGCCUGAGUCACCGCCAGUACCAGGGCAUGCAAUGGGCACCCAAGACCACCAAUGCCAUGCUGGGACGGGAGACAAUGGGGUGCAAGGAGCCCUCUGGCUUCAGCACCAACAAUCCCGGCUAUAACCGAGGUCCUCCUGAUCCUGAUCACAGGUUUCUGACCACCUACAACCAAAGAUAUUUUGAGAACAUCCCCAAGGGUCUGGACCGGGAAGGUUGGACCCGAGGAGGAAUCCAGCCCCAGCACCCUGGAGGUUAUGGGGUUAACCAGCCGGUCACCCAGCAUAACAUAGAGAGUUAUCACAACCCCACAGAAACUAUUCAGACAUCACACCCCCACGUGGCCAGGACCCUGACAGCCCUGGACCCCUUCUACAGAGAGACCCCUCACAGCCAAGGCUUUUCUGCCCUGCACGCCCCGUCCUGAGCUGGCACAACCCAGGCAGAAGAGGGGAGCUGGGCACAUGGUCUCCCAACUCCUCCAGCCCCUCCCAAGGGACACCUCACCUGCUACUUUUCUAAGGAAAUAAAGAAAUAAUGUUCCA